AUGGACGACGUUGCUAUGGCUGAUGCGGGGGACCGCAUGUUCUGUCAUGCGUGCGCUGGAGUUUGGCUGAAAAAUGCUGCUAAUGGGUUGAACUGUCCUCACUGUCAGUCCGAUUUUACAGAGAUUAUCGAAAUCCCGCCUGAUACAGAAGACCCCUCCUCUCGGCCCUCCCAUGACUCCCCGCCCCGCGAAGAGAAUAAUCAGCCCAACAUCAACCCUUGGGCCGAUCACAACCCUUGGGCGCAUGAAGAGACUCAUCGAGGCGGCGACUUUGCAUGGCGGCCGGGGUACUCACGUCGUACAUACAGGUCCCCCGAUGGCCGGUUUACUUUCACAACUACUACCGCCACUAUAGGUGAUGGCGGCUUCCACGCCGGACGAUCUAUGGACCAAAGACAGAUGCAGAUAGACCCGUUGAUGCCGGUAGUGCGCAGCCUGGAUACAAUUUUCCACGGGUUGGCCGAGACCUACCGGCAGGGCCAGCCUCAGAAUCAAACCCAAAAUCGGAGCGCCACGGGUGAGGGACAUGAGACGGACCUUGAUGAGCAUCGUGCGCGGAGCGAAUCGCCCGAAUUCCGUGCAACUGGCAGGCUAUUUCCGCGAGAUGCGGAUGGUCCGCAGCCGAUGGCACCGCCUUUGGGCACUCUGGGCGAUAUCCUCGAGCUGUUUCGCGCCGACUUUGGAGGCAAUGUCGCAGGUGGAGGAGUGCGUGUGAUGACUGGUCCGAACCCGCUGGCCAUGCUUUCAACUCUGCUUAACUUUGAUCGACUCGGAGAUGCGGUGUAUUCGCAAGAGGAACUGGACCGGGUUAUUUCGCAGUUGAUCGACCAGAAUAUCAAUCGAACAGGGGCUCCCCCGGCCCCGGAGAGCGCAAUUCAGUCCCUGCCGAAGAAAAAGGUCGAUGAGGAGAUGCUAGGCAGCGAAGGCAAGGCAGAGUGCUCGAUUUGCAUGGAACCGGUCGAAUUAGGCACAGAGGUCACGGUCUUGCCCUGCAAACACUGGUUUCAUUUUCCAUGCAUUGAAGCCUGGUUAAGCCAACAUAACACAUGUCCCCAUUGUCGCAGGGGGAUUGAUGCCCAACAAGCUGAAGGAACCAGUCAGAAUCCCGUUGUCAUCAACGAUAGUCCUGAAUCUGCAUCUCCCGAGCGCCGCCGUAGCAGUGGUCCGGCGCAGCAUAGCGGACACGCCCCUCCCACAUGGGGUGACCAUCCGUUGGGGAACAUAUCAGAAGCAAACGAGCAUAACCAAGGACAAUCCAGUCACAACGAAAGUAGUAGCGGCGGAGGGUUUACCGGGUGGGUUAGGAGUCAUUUUGGUGGCAGCUAA